AUGUCGGAGCUCACGCCUGCUCUGCAGCACUCGCCUCUCGCCAAACUCCCUCCCGAGUUGCGCAAUCUCAUCUUCGAAUAUGCCGUCACCCAACUAGCACCCAUCUUUGUCGAGGACAAAGACUACCACAACCCCGACCGUCGCAUCUCGCUGCGCGCCACCCCGCGCUGUCGACCUACCGCUCUCACCCAGACCUGCAAGCAAAUCCGCGACGAGGCCGAGCCGCUCCUCUACGCCUGCAACGAUUUCGUCAUCCGCUUGCCACGCCUUCCCACCAGCAACGACCAGCCUCCAGGCGCACGCGCGGCCAAAAGAUUGAAACACACAAUGUUAAACUUUGUGUACUCUCUUCACCCGGCCAACAGUCCUUUUCUCCGCUAUCUCCGGAUCGAGCUGCCUACCGCCGACUAUGUGAACCAGCGUCAGAAGCUUGUGCUGCAGGUCUGGGAACCUCUACUAUGGCUGUCCCAUGGCGCCGCGUACCGUCUGCCGAACCUCAAGAUUUAG